AUGACGGUACUUCCGCAAGUGCAUCAUUGGUCCACGGAAGGUUCCGAUCAACAACAACAACAAAAAAAGGAUUUUUACGCCGCAGCAAUUGUCGCAAGGGAAACAGUUUUGAUGGGUGGACUCGGUAAAAACGGUAAUUACCCUUAUGAUUUGGAAAAGACCAAAUGGGUUGCAGGUCCAUCCCUUAUACAUUCGAUGUCAUUUAAUUCAAUAUCAACGUCCAUUCCAAGUCAACAUUCGUUGAUGAGCUUGGCUUCAACGACAUCUUCAAUACAAACGCCCGAUAGCGAAAUGCCGACAACUCCCACCUCAUUAUUUUCUUCAACGUCCGAUCAAUCAAUGGAAUAUACGAGUUUUCCGAAUUUAGAAAAAUUUACUGACGAAUGCUGGACUGCAAUUCGUGUCGAAGAAAAGAAAGAUGUGUCGAUUGACAUCGAAAUGGAAUCUUAUGAUGAAAUGUUGGUCGGCGGUGUGCGUUUUCACUACACUUAA